GCAACACACCUCCCCUUCGGUCGACCAGCGGUUCUUUUCCAAACGACGUAUAGCCUCCUCCUCCACAGUGACUUCAUCAGUGGAUACAGUCAGGAGCUCUCCAUGCCCCUAUGGACGUCCUUCACAGUGCCCAAACAAGUAGGCUAUUCAUCACAUGGACCACAACAAAUGGAACUAGUAGUAGUAAUUUAAUGAGUCGAUCCAUAUGAUUUGAGAGCUUGUCCUCAGACCUGGGUCAUGUUGAUUCGUUGAUCAUUGGUUGCCGAACGGUUUUUGAAUUGUGACCCACAUAAGGCUUUUCUAGUUUUCUUGUUAUCCACAGAAUAGACACACACAAAAAGAUCAUAGCCACAGCCCAGUCUUUGGUCAGGGACUGGCAAUGACCUACCAGUCGGUCCAGUGCCAUCAUUUGGGAAGCAUUAGGUCAUAUCUUUCCAAAGCUCUUUUGAAAUGUCUCUGUUUACUUGAGUGGUUGCAAGGAGUAGCAUGUGUGAAAACAAUUAGUACUCCUGUUGGGAGAUCGUAAAUGUUAUUUUGGUCUUUGACUCAACUGGUUAAUUGCAUUUUAUAUUAAAAUGAGCCUGGUUUUGUUUUAUUGGGGGGAGAGAACCUGGAUAGGUACUUGCGUAACACUAACCUAACAGAACCCUAUACAGACCCAGACACGAUACAGCACACAAAUACCAACUAAUGACAUGGCCCCAAUCACAUACAGCAACACUGUAUUGGGUGUUUGUUAACACUGGCUGUUUGUAUACCGGUUUUCUCUCAUUUCGCGAUGGGAUUUCACGAUGUGUUACUAAUGACAACAUAUUCCCUUCCAGGAAGAAGUCAAGCCCCUCCCUGAGCCUGAGCCAGUGAUUGAGUGUGUGAGAGCAGACAUGCGGGUCGCUCCAGAACACAGCCAGGCCUGCACCACAUACAGCCAGCACACCGAUGGCUCCUAUGGCUUCCUCUAUCCACCAGGUGGGUCGCACACUAGCCCACCCUUGGUCAUGUUCAUUAAGGCACACUGAAGCAAAACAUUUUGCAAUGCAAAACGAAAACAAGCAUUUCUUAUUGGACAAGUUCAGACAGUACCUCCUUUUUCACUCAGUUAUGUGCUUAAUGAAGAAUACCCUGGUCUUGGGGAGCUACAGGGUAUGGAGGUUUUUGUUCCAGGUCUAAAUGGGAGGUAAAUGAAAGUAUAUAUUUGUAUUUUUUAUGCUAGAGCUGGCCAUGUCUUCUGAAUCAAAAUAUGAUGCAUCACUGAUCACAAACACCGUUCCCAUGUACCCUGCAUUUAAAAGUGAGUAUUAAUGUAUUUAUAUCUACUUAUAUGAAUUUGAAUAUCUAUACAUCAUUUAUUUUUAUUUUUAUUUACACUGCUCAUAAAAAUAAAGGGAACACUUAAACAACACAUCCUAGAUCUGAAUGAAUGAAAUAAUCUUAUUAAAUACUUUUUUCUUUACAUAGUUGAAUGUGCUGACAACAAAAUCACACAAAAAUUAUCAAUGGAAAUCACAUUUAUCUGGAUUUGGAGUCACCCUCAAAAUUAAAGUGGAAAACCACACUACAGGCUGAUCCAACGUUGAUGUAAUGUCCUUAAAACAAGUCAAAAUGAGUCUCCUGAGGGAUCUCCUCCCAGACCUGGACUAAAGCAUCCGCCAACUCCUGGACAGUCUGUGGUGCAACGUGGCGUUGGUGGAUGGAGCGAGACAUGAUGUCCCAGAUGUGCUCAAUUGGAUUCAGGUCUGGGGAACGGGCGGUCCAUAGCAUCAAUGCCUUCCUCUUGCAGGAACUGCUGACACACUCCAGCCACAUGAGGUCUAGCAUUGUCUUGCAUUAGGAGGAACCCAGGGCCAACCGCACCAGCAUAUGGUCUCACAAGGGGUCUGAGGAUCUCAUCUCGGUACCUAAUGGCAGUCAGGCUACCUCUGGCGAGCACAUGGAGGGCUGUGCGGCCCCCCAAAGAAAUGCCACCCCACACCAUGACUGACCCACCGCCAAACCGGUCAUGCUGGAGGAUGUUGCAGGCAGCAGAACGUUCUCCACGGCGUCUCCAGACUCUGUCACGUCUGUCACAUGUGCUCAGUGUGAAUCUGCUUUCAUCUGUGAAGAGCACAGGGCGCCAGUGGCGAAUUUGCCAAUCUUGGUGUUCUCUGGCAAAUGCCAAACGUCCUGCACGGUGUUGGGCUGUAAGCACAACCCCCACCUGUGGACGUCGGGCCCUCAUACCACCCUCAUGGAGUCUGUUUCUGACCGUUUGAGCAGACACAUGCACAUUUGUGGCCUGCUGGAGGUCAUUUUGCAGGGCUCUGGCAGUGCUCCUCCUGCUCCUCCUUGCACAAAAGCGGAGGUAGCGGUCCUGCUGCUGGGUUGUUGCCCUCCUACAGCCUCCUCCACGUCUCCUGAUGUACUGGCCUGUCUCCUGGUAGUGCCUCCAUGCUCUGGACACUACACUGACAGACACAGCAAACCUUCUUGCCACAGCUCGCAUUGAUGUGCCAUCCUGGAUGAGCUGCACUACCUGAGCCACUUGUGUGGUUUGUAGACUCUGUCUCAUGCUACCACUAGAGUGAAAGCACCGCCAGCAUUCAAAAGUGACCAAAACAUCAGCCAGGAAGCAUAGGAACUGAGAAGUGGUCUGUGGUCACCACCUGCAGAACCACUCCUUUAUUUGGGGUGUCUUGCUAAUUGCCUAUAAUUUCCACCUGUUGUCUAUUCCAUUUGCACAACAGCAUGUGAAAUGUAUUGUCAAUCAGUGUUGCUUCCUAAGUGGACAGUUUGAUUUCACAGAAGUGUGAUUUACUUACAUUGUGUUGUUUAAGUGUUCCCUUUAUUUUUUUGAGCAGUGUAUAUUUUUCCAACUCCUUUGAAAAUACUGGUUCAAAUACUUCAUAAAUCUGUCACUGCGUUUUGUUAAGAAGGUUGUUGUUAUACUGUAGGUCCUCAAAGGAUAUCAUUGUUGCUCACUUUCAGUUUUUCUCUGGUAGAUGCUUCCUUCCAAAGCUAUUACAGUUACAAAUCAUAUAGUACAUGUGGCCCUCUGGACUCUUGUGUUGCAUCUUUGCUUGGACUGCCCAUUCUGAUGUGUGGAGGGAGAGGUGGGAGGAGGAGUGAGGAGGGAGGCUAGUCGGAUGACCUCAGGUCUGGGAGAGAAGGGACAGGCUGACACCCAUUGUCCCCCCCCCCCCCCCCCCCCCCCCACCCCACACACACACACACACACAUACAAAGACAGCCUCAGUCCAGGCCAGUGAAGCCUGGUGUGGUGAAAGACUGUAGAAAAGGAUGUGAAGGGCAGUUCCCUUGUCUGGGGACUUUUAGUGUGGGAAAUGACUUUUACUUCCUCUUGAAGGAAUUAGCAUCAAGAUCAGACCAGCAGCCUUUGACUUUUGAAAUGCUUAUAAGGUGCCCUGCCAUAAUUCAAAUGCUGCAAUAGCACAUUAAUAACGUUUAUUCACAAAAUGCUAUACACAGAUGCAGUAUAGAGAGCAUUUUUCAAGGCUGGAUAUAAGCAUUCAUUUCAGUUGAUGACCUAAACGCAUUCAUGCAACAGGUAAUUUACACAAUGUUACAAAACAUUUGAUUUGGUUCUCCAAUUGUUGAUUGUCUUGUUCCCUUGUUCUCUUUUCCCUUAAACUCUGCAGAAGUAUGGAGCUACCUCCAGGGGACUCUUCUCAAGCGCUAUGCAGAGGAGAAUAACGGAAUAAACGUGGUCACCGGUCCCAUCUUUGACAACAACUACGAUGGCCUCCGGGACACCACUGUGAAAAUCAAAGAG